AUGACACUGAGAAACAGGGCCGCCGCAAGCUUUCGAGCUUGCGGUGGCUGCCUCUGGGAAACUAGGGCGCUCGCGGCACUUGCCAGCGACAGACAGCACAGGUCAACCAAGUGGGCGACGUUUCAGGGGCUUGUCCUUGUCGACCCAGGCCCGAAGCGAUCUGGAUCGUCGCCCACGACUGUGCUUGUGACCUCACCAGCCCAGGCCCUGAUCCCCACCGACCGUCGGUGCCGAGCCCGACCAUGGCUCGGAAGAGAUGGGAGCCAGAUUGAUAGUGCACUCUUGGCCCUGUCGUCGCUCAGAUGA